AUCAUUAUUGCGAAAGUUACAACCUGUUGAAUUUCGCUUCUGUUCAGGAAUAACGGGUUUACGAAAUUAUUAGACCCGUUACUUCUGUAAUUUAGUUCCAGAGUGUCCGCUGCGAGUCGCUACUAAACGAGAAACUGAGGUCGUGAUAUGACUAAACGAUGGAAUCAGAUGUACUUCCAUUUCUCAAGUAGUAUGACUCAAGGGCUGGUCAGGCGUACUUUCCGUCGUAAUAAGACAGGCGAAAUUCAACAGGCUGUAACUUUCGCAAUAAUGAUGCUAUCGAGACCGUUCAAGAAGCGCUUUAAAGCUUAAAGCGCAAGGACAAUCGUACCAUCGACUUGAUGUUAUAUAAGUAUUUUAUUAUUACGCUUUCUCUUGAGUUUCUUUGAUAAUUUCGCAGCAAACCAACUGUUCUUGGGAUUGUUUUUGGAAUUCGUCGGGUUUACGCGCAUUUAACGUGCAAAAGUGCGAUAUAAUUCAUAGAUAUAAUUCUAAUAUAUUUCAGUCUUAAUUAUCUCGCAUUAAAGCGUGCAUAACUAAUAUGUUGCUCUAUUAUUUAUCUUUAUGCUCACACCUUGUAUAUAUAAUUUGACAGCUGUCAGAUCACCUACUGCGCAUGAUCGUCAGUUCGUAGGUUCGCUUCGUCACAAUUUUUGUGUGUCCGAAAUACGAGGAACAAAAACUGUUGGAACCGUUCUGUGACCGAGUGCACACAUCGAAUCGGCCGCACUUGAUUGUUUCCUUAUCGGUGAUAAGACAUAACUGAUCAUUCGAAAAGGCUUACAUGUCACGCGAGUACACCAUUCCGGCGGAAAUAACCUGCUGGCACAUUCGUGGUGGCGACGACGACGACGACGGUGGUGGGUCGAAGUCCUUAGAGGGAAGCGAUAACUUGCACGGUCUCGCGCUCUGAUGCGUCAUUAGCGACAGACGAGCGUUUGUGUGAACGAAAAUUACUUCAAGAUGGUGCGGGAGAACGGGAAAUUAUGGAAGCUGACGCAACUCCGGGCGCUCAUGAAGGACGUCCAGGUCGAGGGUAUGAAAGAGAAAGGUAUUCAGGCUUUGGUCGUCAACGGUGAAGACGCGCAUCAGUCGGAAUACUCGACCGAGCGUGAUCAGAGGCGGCGUUUCGUCAGCGGCUUCCGCGGCUCCUACGGCACGGUGAUCGUCACACCGGAUGCAGCGUUGUUGUGGACGGAUGGCAGAUACUUCACGCAAGCCCUGUCGGAGCUGGAGCCGCCGGAGGCAUGGACCCUCAUGCGAGAAGGUUUGCUGGACACACCCACCACCGCCAUAUGGCUGACCGCGAAUCUACCCCCAAAGUCUGUGGUCGGGGCAGACGCUAAUUUAAUCAGCUGCACCGAAUGGAGCAGGUUACAUGGCAGCCUGACCGCUGCCGGUCAUUGCCUGGUUGCCCUGCCGGAGAACCUGGUGGACAAGGUGUGGGCCGACGAUCAGCCAGCACCCACAGCCAAUGCGAUCUUACCCCAGGCGAUCCAGUAUUCGGGCGAGAAGGCCGGAGUCAAGGUGAAUCUGUGCCGGGACGCCAUGCUGGAUAACGAAGCGUCGGUGCUCGUGAUCACGGCGCUGGAUGCGAUCGCGUACCUGCUGAACUGGAGGGGCUCCGACAUCCCGUUCAACCCCGUCUUCUUCGCGUACGUCGUUCUCAAUCUGAAGGAUCCCAAGUACGUGCACAUCUUCAUCGACCGAAGCAGGGUGUGUCAGCAGGCGUUGGAGCAACUCAGGGACGAGGGCGUCGAUCCGGUGUUUCAUGCGUACGAGGAUAUACACAGCUUCAUGAAGGAGGUGGCGAGUUCGUGCACGGACGACGACAAGAUCUGGAUCAGCAAUAAUUCUAGUUACGCGCUGCACGCCGACUGCGGCGAGGUGAAGAAGCACACCGACAUCACGCCGGUCAGCGUCAUGAAGUCGAUCAAGAAUUCCGUUGAAAUAGCGGGCAUGAAAGCGGCGCACGUGAGAGACUCCGUCGCUCUCGUCAAGUACUUCGCCUGGCUGGAGGACAAGAUCAAGAAUACCGACGAGCGCGUCACGGAGAUCUCGGGCGCCGCCCAACUGGAGAAGUUCCGGCAGGAGCAGGAUCUCUUCGUUGGAUUGAGCUUCACUACGAUAUCGUCCGUCGGCCCACACGGAGCGAUUAUUCAUUACUCACCCACACCGGCGACCGAUGUGCCAAUCACAGAUAAGGAGCUCUAUCUUUGUGACUCGGGCGCACAGUACAAGGACGGCACGACGGACGUAACGAGGACUUGGCAUUUCGGCGAGCCUACGAGCUUCGAGCGCGAAUGUUUCACCCGGGUGUUCAAGGGACAGUGCCGUCUAUCGACCAUGAUCUUCCCCUUGAAGACGAAGGGGAAUUACCUCGACACGCUGGCACGCGAGAGUCUAUGGAGCGUCGGUCUGAAUUAUCUUCACGGCACCGGCCAUGGGGUGGGGUCGUAUCUCAACGUCCACGAGGAGCCGAUCGGUAUCUCGUGGAAACCGUAUCCGGACGAUCCAGGUUUAGAGCCCGGAAUGUUUCUGUCGAACGAGCCGGGCUAUUACGAGGACGACAAGUUCGGCAUUAGGCUAGAGAACAUCGAGCUAGUCGUGGCUGCGAAGACGCCUUACAAUUACAAAGACCGUGGUUUCCUGACCUUCGAAACCGUGACGCUUGUGCCCAUUCAGACGAGUCUGCUCGACACGUCGUUGCUCACGGACGAGGAGAUCGAUUAUUUGAAUAAUUAUCACGCGAGAUGUCUGGAGGUUCUAAGACCCUUCCUCCGAGGGAUGGAAAAUAUUCAAGCGCUCCACUGGCUCGAGAAACAGACACUUCCUAUUCCGCUAGCUAUCGUAAUGUAACAUCAAUAUGUCCAAUAUGUUGAGACGUGUACCACAUACGGUAAAAUUGCAUCACAACAUCAUGGAACGAUUUAAGAUCUCCAAGUUCUACUAUUCCCUUUAUAAAAUGUAUUGUUUAUAUAUAUACGAGUAUUGCGUAGUGCACAACUUCGUGAAGUCCUUUGGUUAAUAGAAAAUUUCCGAAAAAAUGUUCGAGGAAUUUUUCGGAACUCCAAAAAUGCUUCGUCCGAUGGUCCAUUUAUAUAUAUAUAUAUAUAUAUAAUACUGGACCAUUAAAAAAUCUUUCGCAAAUUUAUAUCGUUAUAAAGCUAUUUGUUACGGACUUUUCUUAUCAAUGGACCAUCGGACGAAGCAUUUUUGGAGUUCCGAAAAAUUCCUCGAACAUUUCGGAAAUUUUCUAUUAACCAAAGGACUUCACGAAGUUGUGCGCUACGCAAUACUCGUGAUAAAGGAAAAAGAAAAACAAAAUGUUCCACCAACUGUACCAACCACACACAGCACUCAAUGGUGUUCAGUGAAUGUUAUACAAAUUACGCGGUUGUUACGCGACGAAAAAAUAAUUAUUAAUGAAAUUAUACAUUAUAUACAUUAUACAUUACUUCGAUUGAAGCUCUUCUGCAAUUGGAAAUGCGAAACGGCAUCGCGAAGUUAUUCCGCUUAUGUUACUCGAGUUUAUUACGAUUGUUUAUUAAAGCUAUGAAAUUUUCACUCA